AAUUACUAAUUUGCAUAAUUGUCUUGUACGGUGGACUAUAUAAUCCCAUCCCCGCGAGUCCUUUUCAUUCAUUCCUCCAGCCGUGAUCUCUGAGUGACAUCGUUCUGUGAUCUACCUACUUCUCCGAAGCUCCAACAUGAAGCUGUUUGUCUGCAUGCUGCUGGUGACGAUCGUCGUCAUGGCAACGCUGAUUGACGACUCCGAGGGAUGGAGGCGCCGGCGCAGGCGCAGAAGAUCCGGACUCCAGGCCGAUACAGAUGCUGACUCAGAUUUGAGGGAGGUUAUGGAAGAGGCGAGGGCGCUCCUGGAUGAACUGAAUGAACAGCCCGAACAGCUGGAUACACGGGAAAUGGACGACCUGGACGAGGGGAACCUUCUCGCAGAUCAAGAAGAAGGAGACGGUAGCGCUGAGUGACCCAACGGACGACCCGAACAACAUAACUUUUUAAUGGCAUCAAAAGAGAUGAAAAUAAGAAAAAAUAGACCCAAUGUGUCAUUGGAGGAUUAGUCGUCUCUUUUUAAAUUUCUUGAAUUGAUUCCUUUUGUAUAAAGUGUAAUGUUAUGAAGAUCAUCCAAAACCCAAAAGUGACCAGCUGGCAUCCAAUGUAUAGACACAGGACAUGAUAAAAGACGCCAAAAAUACUUGACAUGAUUAACAUGAUUCAGUGCCAAACAAUGGAGUCGGUCCGAAGACGUAUGGAUUACUAGUACUCCCGGUAUAAAAUAAAAAUGUUUCCGUGUAUAUAUACUGAGACCAUACUGUGUAUUUAAAGAUUUUUGCUCCUUGGUCCAAUAAAACUUAUUGAAAAAA